UUUCCGACCGCAGAGUAAUGCUGACCGUAGUAAAUUGAACAGAUGGAAUCAAUGGAAUGCUUCCGGAAUAGUUCUAGCGUUCUCAGUGGUGGCGAAAGAUAUGUGGUUGGCUAAUUAGCCAAGGUUUGAGAUGAUUUCAUCAUUCCGGGAACGAAGCAGUGUUGGGGAGUGCAUGACGACUAGUUUGGUUGGGUCUCGUCGAACAGGUGUUCUCGCGGCGUGAGACUGUCUCGUUUCAAAGACUGCAUAGGAAUCAGUCAAGCGUUCACUCAACGGAAGCAAUCUGUGGACACUUUGCGCUGUAGUCUAGUUCCCUCAGUGAAAAGUAUCUAAUGCGAGUAUCUAACAGCGCUUUAUGCCUACAAUCAAUACGCUGCGAGUAUGAGGACCGUCUAUGAGAACCUUCCUACGUUUCUGUAAGACUUUCGUGUCGUGAAAAAGUUUCCAAGUUAUUUGCGUGUCUUCAAGCCAUUGCAUGUACUUUUGGGUAUAUGUCGGUAGUAAGGAAAUCUGGAUGGAAGGAACAAUGUCCUCGGCUAAUGUUAACCAGUGGAAACACAAGAAAUGCAAUAACUAAUGAUAAUUGAAGGAAUCGAGCAAGUGAAUGUUGGUGAUGUGGGUUCCUAUCAGAAACGGGUUAAGGUUCGUGUAUAUCUGAAGGGUUUCAAGUGCAGUGUUUAUGUCUGCAAAGCUGCCAAGUUAUAUCUAGAAUAUGCGAAUCGGUCAGGAAUAGUCAAUGGAUCGACUAUAGGUGCUGAAUCGGUUGUAGAUUGAUACUACGAUACGAACGUCUAGUCAAGGCUGUCUACAUAGUUUGUGGAGAUAAUGUCUGCAGAAUGUGAUUAGAUAAUUGCCAGAUAUUUCAAUAUCGAAGCAAGUGCAGUGCGUUCUCAUUGAUGAUCUUCCAGAGCAUAUGAGUGGGUGUCGUAAAUGAAAGUUGGCGCGAAUGAAAUCCGUUGUAAUUGUGAGCUUCGUUUUAGUGAAAAUGUGCGCUAAAUACUUAAAUUGAACUAAUUAAAAGCGAAUUAUAAUACCCGGAGUGAGCGUGUACAUGCGUUGAUUGUUUCGUGGGCGAGGAUAAUUCGAAAGCUGGGCUUCCAAGUGAACUAUUCGGAUUUGACGAAGAUACCAAAAGCGAAUGGGAUUAACCAUGAAGAACAUUUGAAAAGUUAAUUUCAUUCAAAGGCUUAGGAAGAGAAGAAUGCUGACGCUGUUGACGGUGUACGAUUCCAUGUGGGGAUGAUAGUGAUCAAGCCUGUUACUAACUAAGCUAGUUUCGAUGAGAUCUCAAACUUGAAAUUGCUCAACUUGAAUUUUUCUUACUAUUACUCUACUAUUCCCUUACUAAGUACUCUCGCGAAUUAGAACUAUCCCAAAUACUUCCUCAACUACACUUCUAGUCUAAUCGAUCUUACUGUAUGGUAUCAACUUGACUGAUCUACACUACUUUGUACUUUCUAUACUCGUAUCUAUUCCACUUAUUCUGAAGGAUCACUUUCGAAAUAAGAACUUGGCCCUUUGCUACCACCACCAUCGACACUAUGGAACCAAUCAAUGCAUUUACCAUAUUUACAUCCAAAGGAUUAUUGACAGCAGUUGUCCUGCUGAUAUCUCUAGUUGACUAUGUUGGAGCGAAUUAUACUGAUCCUGAUCCUGAUGCUGAUGAGAUCGUAUGUACAGAUGGCCUUGUCAUACCUGUGUGGAUGCCUCAGGAAAACAUGACUACGGGAGAUAAAGUGUUUCGCGGUGUUGUCUAUUUCUCGUCCAUGGUCUAUUUGUUCAUAGGAGUGUCAAUAGUAUCGGAUCGAUUUAUGGCUGCUAUUGAGGUGAUUACUUCAAAGGAGAAGGAAGUGAAGAUUAAAAAACCGAAUGGAGAGUCACAGAUUGUUGUCGUUAGAGUGUGGAACGAAACGGUAGCCAAUCUUACGCUUAUGGCGUUAGGAUCAAGCGCUCCUGAAAUUUUACUGUCUGUGAUUGAAAUGUUUGCGAAGAACUUUGAAGCUGGUGACCUAGGACCAGGAACUAUAGUCGGCUCGGCGGCCUAUAAUUUGUUCGUGAUUAUAGCACUGUGUAUAACAGUGAUCCCCAAUGGAGAAGUUAGAAGAAUCAAACAUCUGAGAGUGUUCUUUUUGACCGCGACAUGGUCAGUUUUCGCUUACAUCUGGCUUUACUUGAUAUUAGCACAGUUCUCUCCUGGAAGAGUGGAGGUCUGGGAAGGUCUACUGACAUUCUCAUUCUUCCCAAUGACUGUCUUAUCUGCAUACAUUGCUGACCGGCGACUUUUACUUUACAAAUAUCUGGAUAAGAACUACAGAAUGAAUAAACGUGGAGUGGUGGUUAGUGCCGAAGGAGAUGCGGUCCUAGAAAUGAACAACAGAGAGGAUGGAAUCAAGACGCUUGAAGAGAAUGGCGGAGUGGUCACGGAAGACAUGAAAGACUUCGAAGAAGCGAGGCGAGAGUAUAUUAGAACCUUGAAACAACUAAGGAAAACCUACCCUCAGAAUGAUCUCGAGCAACUGGAAAUGAUGGCCCAAGAACAAAUGAUCAACAAGGGUCACAAAUCACGUGCUUUUUACAGAAUACAAGCCACGCGCAAAAUGAUGGGCAGCGGAAACAUUAUGAAGAAAAUCCAAGAACGAGCCCAAAGUGAUCUCAGUGAAAUCAAGGCAGAAUUACAGAAGGUCGAUGUAGCGUCCAGUCCCGACGAAGAUGCAACCUGUAAAGUUUACUUCGAACCUGGCCACUACACUGUCAUGGAGUCUUGUGGAUCAUUUGAAGUGAGGGUCGUACGCCGUGGUGAUCUAUCGCAGUUUGUGAAAGUCGACUUCGAAACCGAAGAUGGUACAGCGGAAGCUGGUUCAGACUACGUAGGAAAGAAGGGUACUCUGAAUUUCCCGCCUGGUGUGGAUGAACAACGAUUUCGAAUUGAAGUGAUCGAUGAUGAAUUAUUCGAGCAGGAUGAGCACUUCUAUGUACGUUUAAGUAAUUGUAGUGGACCGGCUAUUUUAUCUACCCCGAAAUGUGCUACAGUGAUGAUCCUAGAUGAUGAUCAUGCCGGUAUUUUUUCAUUUGCAACAAAAGAUCAUGAGCUGGUUGAAUCGGUGGGCAUUUAUCCGUUGAAAAUUCAACGAUAUUCGGGCGCGCGUGGUAAAGUGAGAGUGCCAUUUUGGACGGAGGAUGGAACAGCUAAAGCGGGCAAGGAUUACGAACAACUACAAGGAGAAAUGAUUUUUGAAAAUAAUGAAAUUGAAAAAGUAAUCCAGCUGGGCAUCAUUGAGGAAGGCAGCUACGAAAAGGACGUGCUAUUCUACGUAAAUCUUGGUGAACCACAAAUGGUUGAAGACGACGAAUUAGCGGCUUUAAUUCAGGCUGCCGAGGCAAAAGCGCCUGAAGAUUUAACGGAAGAGGAUAAGAUGGCUUUGCUUGGACGACCAAAGGCAGGCGAUGUUGUUCGUGCACAAUUACGAAUAAAGGAGAGUAAAGAAUUCAAGAACACGGUUGAUAAAUUGGUACAAAGAGCUAAUGCUUCCUUACUUAUUGGAACGUCUUCCUGGAAAGAACAAUUUACAGAGGCCUUGACCGUUAGUCCUGAAAGUGGUGGUGGUGGUGGUGGCGACGAUGGCGAGGACUACGAGGACGGUGAAGAACCAAAGCCCAGCUGUGGUGACUAUAUUAUGCACUUCCUAACUUUAUUUUGGAAAUUAAUAUUUGCAUUCAUCCCACCGACAGAUAUAUCUGGAGGAUAUUUAUGUUUCGUUGUAUCCAUAUUUUGUAUUGGCGUUGUGACAGCAAUCAUUGGCGAUGUUGCGUCCCAUUUUGGCUGCACUUUAGGCAUUAAGGACUCAGUUACGGCUGUGGUAUUUGUUGCGCUUGGCACUAGUGUACCAGACACAUUCGCUAGUAAAGUGGCAGCCAUUCAGGACAAAUAUGCAGACGCCAGCGUUGGUAAUGUUACGGGUAGUAAUGCAGUAAACGUAUUCCUGGGUAUUGGUGUUGCGUGGACUAUUGCAGCUAUUUACCACGAGAUAAAUGGAACAAGUUUUGAUGUGGAACCGGGAAACUUGGCAUUUUCCGUAACAUUGUUCUGUACCGAAGCACUGAUAGCCAUUGUGGUUCUUCUAAUACGUCGCAGUAAAGCAAUUGGCGGAGAACUUGGCGGUCCCGUAGGCAUUAAAUAUUUGAGCGGUGCGAUACUUUUAGGACUGUGGUUAAUUUACUUAAUAAUGAGUACACUAGAGGCCUAUCACAUCAUAGAAGGAUUUUAAGUGUAAAAACUAAGCCAUUACUUAAAGAAAAAAAAAAUAAAAGAAAAAAUAUUGCGAAAAGUACAUGUUACUAUUUGGCAAACCUAAAAUGAAAUAUAUUCUAUUAAUGUAGAUAUUUAGCAGGUAUUAUGCCAAAACAACAAAA